AUGUCUAUCACAGAGCCCAGAAAGCCACCACUGGCUCGCCAGUCCUCAAGUGGCAUUCCACAACCAGUGCGACAACUCAGCCAACAUAGCGAUCUUGCGAAGACAGUCAUAAUGUCGAACGUCCUCCACUCGCCAACAGCACCGACCCAGCCAGAUCGUCCAGUGACCGUGCCCCCAGACUAUGAGCGUGCCCAAGGCACCGACAAAGUCCCUCCUGUACUCACAAACUCACAUCGCGAGUAUCAGACCAGUCUGAUGCCGCCACCAACCAACACCUGGCUUCCUCUCAAUGGCGCCAAACCACUGCCUGCUCAGUCAAGAGCGAUGGGCAAGGCUCUGACUGACACUCCGAUGCCCUCUCAGCCUGGUAGUCCUCAGAUGGCAGCACGCAUUUCUGGUUCAUCCACGCCGAAAUUGCGAGCCACCACACUCGACAUUCCUGGUCUGACUCGGUCUAAGGCCUCUCCUGAUGGUCGCAUUGCUGAGCGAGACACCGGCGCAAAGUUGAUCAUUAUCAUGGUCGGUUUGCCAGCCCGUGGCAAGAGCUACAUUGUCAAGAAGAUAGCCCGCUACCUCAACUGGCAGCAGCAUCCAACCAAGAUCUUCAAUGUCGGUGACAGAAGACGGGUAGCUGCUGGUCCGCCACUGUCACCAGUGCAGCACCAGUUGACGCGGAGUAUCGAUGGCGCCUUGAGAGAAUCCGUACGCAGCAUGACCAUAUGCAAUAACGUUGAAGAUGGCGAGCCUCUGCCACCACCAGCCAUGCUGGUCAAUGGCGAGCUUGCUUCGGCCCCUAGUUCUCCGCCUGCUCUGAGUGAAGGAUCCACAACUUCGCCUUCGGCAUCGGAAAUUCCAGAUCGCAUGGAUCAAUCAGCAUCAUUCUUCGAUCCCAACAACAAGCGAGCAAAGAUGCUGCGCGAAAAGGUUGCGCACGAUACCAUGGACGACCUGUUGAAGUACGUGCUCGAGGGAGGAGGCUCUGUUGGCAUUUUCGAUGCGACCAACCAUACUCAGGAGCGCAGACAGUCACUGGUCGAUCACAUCCGCCGUCGGGAUCCAAACAUCAACUUGAUGUUCCUCGAGUCUCGGUGCGAGGACAAAGGCCUCCUCGAAGCUAACAUGCGUCUCAAGCUCUCUGGUCCGGAUUACAAAGACAAGGAUCCAGCCAGCUCCUUCACCGAUUUCCAGGAACGUGUCGCACAGUACGAGAAGUCGUACGAGCCGCUAGGCGACUACGAGGAAGGCAAGAAGUUCCCCUACUGCUCAAUGAUCGAUGUGGGCCGCAAGAUCAUCAACCACCAGGUCAAGAGCUUUCUUUCCAUCCAAAUGGCGAAUUACCUCCAGAACUUCAACCUAGCUCCACGUCAAAUCUGGCUCUCAAGACAUGGCGAAUCCCAAGACAACGUACUCGGCAAAAUCGGCGGUGACAGUGAUCUUAGUCCUCAAGGGUGGCGGUAUGCUCUUGCGCUGUCCAAAUUCAUCGGUCAGCAGCGCGUUGCAUGGCUGGAGCACCAGAAGGAGAAACACGCCAAUACACAUUUUCCCCCUCGCGCCGGUGACACGACUCCCCCAAACCCCGAAAUCGCUGCUCGAGCCGACGAAGAGAAGAACUUUUGCGUGUGGACCAGUAUGCUGAAGCGGAGCAUGGAGACCGCGCAGUUCUUUAGUGAAGAUGAGUACGACCUCAAGCAGAUGCGCAUGCUGGACGAGCUGAAUUCUGGAGCCAUGGAAGGGAUGACUUACGCCGACAUCAAGAACAAGUUUCCGAUCGAGUAUGAUCAGCGACGACAGAAUAAGCUGCAGUAUCGCUAUCCAGGUGCCGGUGGAGAAAGCUACCUGGACAUCAUCAGUCGUCUGAGCAGAGUGAUUCUCGAAGUUGAGCGCAUGACUGACCAUGUGUUACUUGUGGCACACCGUAGUAUCACUCGGGUGUUGCUGGCUUACUUCAUGGCACUCGAACAGGAAGAGAUCUCGGAUCUGGACGUCCCACUCGGUGUUGCAUAUCUGCUCGAACCGCGUCCGUAUGGAGUCGACUUCAAGGCUUAUCGCUGGAAUCCGGACACUGACGAGUUCGACCAUGAGCCGAACUACAAAUUAAGGCGAGCUCGACACCCUGAUGCUUGA